AUGAACUUCGUCACGGGUGUUGCCGGCGCGGCCGGUAGAGGGCAAGCGACGGCACGCUGUGCCACUCUCGCACCCGAACGCCUCCAUGACCCGACAGCAAGGGAUGAAGUCUAUGGCCAGCCCCUCAACGUGGCAAAGUACUUAGUAGAUCUUCAUGAUGCCAAGGCACCUUUCGACUUCUGCGGGGGCAUGAUGUUCCAGCUGGUACUGUCAGACAAGCUUCGAGACCACUUAGCGCAGGUCGGGCAGGGUGAGGGCAAGCAGCCGGUCGUCUUCGAUUCGUUCAAGCCCAGAAUGUUCAUGACGCCAGGCUACAAAAAGGAUGCUGCAGCCGACAAUGUUAACAUUUUCCAUGGCAGAGAGAUCCGGCAGGUGCCGCAUGCAACUGGCGGCAUGGGUUUCGUCCUCCAUCUGAGCAUGGCAGAGGGGGAUCCCGAAGGUUGGACGCCACAGGAGAUCCAGGAAUACGACGGUUGGGGCCAUGAUAGCAGCCGCACUUGGAGAGACGGCGCGAGAUGGGAGCAGGAGGGCUUCAAAAGCUUCCGGGACAAAUUCGGAGAAAAGGCCUUCGGUCUCCACCAUAGGUUUUACCUGCACUUUGACUUCAUGAACCGCUUUUGGCUGUCUGCUGAAGAUGGCUGUGAGGGACAUCCUGCCCGCGUCCCUUGA